GCAGAGUUAAAGAUCAGAGAAACUUCGGAGGAUGAGAGCAAAGCGAAUGAUAAUGAAUAGGGUGUAAAAAUGGAUAAAAAGACAUGUAACAAUUAUAAAGUUAUUGUGCAACAGAAUUAAAAAUAACCAAAAUGACUGUCGAAGCAUUUUUGACAGACAUUGUAGUAGCAUUUUGUCUUGCUGCAACCUUAUUGUAUAAAUAUGGAAAUAUUUUUCGUCAUCAUAUCUUUGUUACAAUUUCUGUACUCAUAGCAUGGUACUUUUCAAUACUGACAAUAUUUAUAUUACCAUUGGAUGUUUCGUCGACUGUGUUCAGACAAUGUGUUGAACAGAACAUUCAUAAUGUCACGAAAGCAAGUUCUGAUAGUACAACAACAAUGUCAUAUCACACUUGCAAAGAACCUUGGCCUUACGUUCCAGAAAAUGUAUUUCCAAAUUUAUGGAGAAUUGUGUAUUGGACAUCGCAAUGUUUAACAUGGCUAAUAUUGCCACUUAUGCAGUCUUAUAUAAAAGCAGGCGAUUUCACUGUUCAAGGAAAACUGAAAUCUGCUUUGAUUGACAAUGCUAUAUAUUAUGGGAGUUAUUUGUUUAUAUGUGGAAUUCUUUUAAUAUAUAUUGCAUUAAAACCUAGUUUAGAUCUUGAUGGUCAAAAGUUAAAGGCUAUAGCAUCAUCUGCAUCAAAUACAUGGGGUCUAUUUUUGCUGGUAUUACUUCUUGGAUAUGCACUUGUAGAAGUUCCUCGUGGUUUAUGGAAUGCUAGCAAACCUGGGUAUACUUUAAAUUAUAGCUACUUUAAAGUAGCUAAAUUAAGUUUAGAUAAGUGUGAAGCAGAAGAAACAGUAGAUGACAUACUGGAGUCUUUGCAAGCUGCUACAGUGUCUAUUGGACCUGGACACCCAUUUCAUUGUAAUUUAGAAACGAUUUUUCAAAAAAUUCCUGCAGAAUUAAAAGACAGAAUGAAUAGAAGGCAGUUACCAGAUGACACACCAACUGACACACCGUCCGAAAAAUCUUUGAUUCGUCUUCAUAGACAAACUAUAAAAUCACUGCAAACACUACAACGUAUAGAAACACAGUGGGGAAUUUUAGUUGAUAAAAUAAUUGAUUUAGAAGAUAUAGCAAAGAAUCAAGUCAGCCAUGAUAGAAGAUUCAAAUCAACUUUUCCUAUACAUCGUUCAUUUCCACUUUGUAUUGUUUAUAACCCAGUUAUUGAAUGGUAUUGGAAAUGUCUCCUGAAGAGUUACGUUCAAAAAAUAACAGCUAUUGUUGUUGGAUGUCUUUCAGUAGCUGUUGUGUGGUCAGAAGUAACAUUUUUUAAUAAAUCUCCAGUGCUGUCAUUAUUUGCUCAGUUCUUAAAUCUAGCUAGGGAAAACUAUGAUUAUUUUACAAUCGAAUUACUGUCUACACUGAUAAUUGCGUACCUCUGUUACUGCGCUUAUUCAACCGUUUUAAAAAUUCGUGUUUUAAAUUUAUAUUACCUGGCACCACAUCAUCAAACUAAUGAGUAUAGCUUAAUAUUCAGCGGUAUGAUGUUAUGCCGUCUCACACCGCCUAUGUGUUUGAACUUCUUGGGUCUCAUUCAUAUGGACUCGCACAUUAUAAAAACUCACAUAUUAGAAACUCAUUACACUCAAGUAAUGGGUCAUAUGGAUGUUAUUUCCAUUAUAUCUGAUGGAUUUAACGUGUACUUUCCAAUGGCUAUUUUGGCAUUUUGUCUAGCAACAUACUUUAGCAUAGGAAGUAGAUUACUUUCUAUGUUGGGUUUCCAACAAUUUCUUGAUGAUGAUGAAUUUACAACAGAUCUUGUUGAAGAAGGUCGGGAGUUAAUAAAACGAGAGAGGCGCAAACGGCAAAGGGCAGAAGAUUCAAUGUGCAGAAGGCGUGAACUUCAAGACAGAUUUAGCAGUACUGUAAGUUCGUCUCGUUACCGAACAUCUCGGCAAAGCACUGAUACAGUGCGCCCUUUGAAGCGGGAUGAGUCAGUAGAAUCCGCAAGAGCUGGCCUGUUACGUGAUUUCGAUCCUGCGGAUUAUUAUAUUGGUACAACAUCCGGUGUUGAUAGCUAUGGUGCAAAUAAUAGUUAUGAUAGAAACUAUCAGGCGGAUGAUUUUUAUGAAGAACGUAUGGACAGUGCAAGAGCAUUUACUACAAAUACAAACCGUGUAGGCCCUCCACCAAGAGGAUUGUUCGACGAUAUUUAAAUGCAAAUUAAUACAUACUAUUUAGUUUUAUCCAGUAAUAUGGAUUACUAAACAGGUACAUUUAUAGUUAACAAUACUCACAUUUAAACUAUCUAUCCUUGGUACAUACUAGAAUUUUUUAAUGCAAAGGUUGUGAAUAUAAUUAAAUUCUAUGUUAGAAUAGUAAAAAUUAUGUAGUGUAGUGUUAUCAUUAAUAGAGAAUCAGUUUAAAUAUGCAUUGAAAAUGGGAUUUAAAAAGUCUCAAUUUUAUGUACUUUUACAG